GAAGAGGUCGACAUCGACGACACUGUUCAAUCGGGAGGAGGCGUUGAGGGCAAUUUGGUUCAGGAGCCAGUGAUGGACACAGACCGGAUUGCACCCAAAACUAAUCCCAGAUCGGAGGUUCACAAACUUGGACUCAGUCCUGGUCAUGCGAGAGAGAUAGAUGAAGAAUGCAAAGUAAGUAUCAGUUAACAUUGUUGUUUGACGUCUAACGAUUUGUUUAAUCUUAACCUAGUUAAAUACACAUCUAACUUUUAUGUUAACCGCUAAUCAUAUGUGCAGGCUGAUGUUUUUAGUAUUAUUCCUGAUGAUCCCAAUGUCAGCACGGAGAACAUGGACCUUGAUUGGUCUGAUGACGAGGAAGACCCCAAAGUUGAUUAUGUGGUGCAACUUAUUGGCGAAGGUUUCCAAUUCAGGAAGGAAAUGUUCAAGGGGGGGAUGACACAAGCCGAACUUGUGAAGAUGUGAUCAGAGAGGAAAGAGGUAAACAAGAAGAAAGAGAAGGAGAAGUUAAUGGAUUCUGUUUCUGGGAUGCAUACUUCUGACAAAGGCAGCGGUGGCAGUACGAGUCAUCCCGUGGAUAACACUUGUUCGCUUGUUAAGGAACAGCUCGCAGAUAUACAAGGUUCGUUGUCCGAGGCGUUGUUGAAAAUUUCAGCUCUUGACCAAGUUGUUUCUGGCUUUGAAGAAAAUUUGAAGACAAGUCUUGAUGUCAAAUUGAAAGAGAUGCAGGAAGAGCUUGUUUCCAACAUUCUUGGUUUGUUGGAUAAGUCGCUGUCGAUCAGUGGGAAACAAUCUGCUGGGAAGCAGAGAUCGGAUUGCGGUCAAGGGGGUAAUACAGCAAAUGCAAAGACAGCUCUUCGCGCUUUGAGUGCCACCAUUCCCCGGGUAAACGACGAUUUGAACCCAAAUGUCGUGAUUGCUGAUGCUAUCGGGAUGGUGAAUGCUCUUCCUGGAUCGCGAGAUGGCCAACAGGGCGAGGAUCUCCCCACCGCGAAAGGCAAUUCGAUUGCUAGCAAAGGAACUAACGCAUCUGGCUCUGAGGUUGGUGACAGCAACGACGUCCCGCCGACCAAUCCGGGUGGGGAAGAUGACCACGAUAUUUGCUGUGAUGUCGAUAGUGGCAAUGAUUUCGAUGACGAUGUUACUGAUUUCAAUGUCGCCCCACGAAGGGGUAAGAGACCUAGGAUCCAGAAUACGACCUUUACAGAUUACCAGGUUGAUACUCGGCUUUUGGCAUCCUCCAUGGGAUCGAACCCAUUUUUAUGUCCUCUCGAACAACAGAGGAUUUAUUUUGAGAAGUUUGCACGGUUGCUUUCAACAGUAAAAUCGCUAUGUGUGAUCAGCCUCGGGGAUGGAUCAUCUGUUACUGCUAAAGACGUGGUUGAAAUCGGAGAGAGGACUAAACCCAUGUUGGCAAAGAUGAUGGAUGCUCUGUUGCUCUAUGCCCGUGCAGUGUAUAACAAGCUCUAUCCCAAGCCAAGUCACAAUAAGACCGAGUUUAUGGAGACGAAAUUUGUUGCUCAUCUCAUGAAAUGCUGGGGGAAGUUCAAAAACCUUGCUCCCAAAGACAAACCAAAGUUUGUAUUUGUCGAUGUGUCAUGGAAUACCUGGAACCAGAAACACCCGAACAACCGCCACCAGAAAGAUUGUAUUUGCCUUUCAAUGUGGACAAGGAGCAUUGGAUAGCAGUUUAUGUUGACGUCCUGGGAGGGUCGAUAUUGGCUAUCGACUGUAACACACACUUCGGACGGAGGCGGCCGUUAAAAAAGAGAUUACACCUCUAGCAUAGAUGUUGCCGUAUGUAUUGAAAAGGUUAACGGGUUACAAACGUUUUAUCGACUGUAAAAUCUUCUUGAUACAAAGAGCCAAAGGCAUUCCCCAGAACCCCAUAAGUACCGAUUCUGGAGUAUCUGCUGCUUUUUAUGCAAUGCUCCAUUGUAUUGGGGGUGUGGAGAGAUGCAAGUUGAUGACCCCAGAAGAACUUGUCAAUGCGAGCCAGGUAUUGGCUGUGAAAUUCUUUGAGGAAUUUGCUGAAGAACUCUGAUGAUUUCCUGGUCUUGUUGGUAAUCCCAUGUGAU